AUGGGUGCCGGUUCGAGCACCGAGGCGGAGCGGGAGCCCCUUCUCGUUCCCUCCCGUGUCGGGACUAACACGAACACUUACACGAACGGCCUGCCUGUAAACAGUCGAGUGUACGGAAGAAGAUGGCUGGUUCUGACCCUGUUUUCUCUGCUGGCGCUGAUGCAGGGGAUGGUGUGGAACUUUUGGGGUCCAAUAGCGAACUCAGCCGUCCAGGCUUACGGGUUCACCAAGUCCGACAUCGCAUUUCUGGUGCUGUGGGGUCCAGUGGGUUACAUCCCUUGGCUGCUGUUCAUGUGGUUAAUGGAUAAAAAAGGUCUGAGGAUUUCCCUGCUUCUCUCUGCUUUCUUCAUGCUGCUGGGAUCGGCUCUACGGAGCGUCCCGGUGACGGACCUGCACCUCCGACGAUGGUUGAUACACGGUGGCCAGUUUCUAAAUGGUCUGGCCGGGCCCACCGUAAUGAGUGCCGGUCCCUACCUCUCCACCACAUGGUUCGCCCCUGAUCAGAGAGCCACAGCAACAGCCGUGGCCUCGCUCUUCUCCUACCUGGGUGGCGCUACUUCCUUUAUAGUGGGACCUCUUAUUGUUCCAGCACCCAAUGUUUCCCAAGCUGCAGCGGUUUCCAACACCUCCAUUCAAAGCAGAACGCAACUCAUUUUGUAUGCAGAAUUGGCUGUGAUUGCAGUGCUUUCUACAGCAACCCUGCUCUACUUCCCUUCACGCCCACCAGUCCCUCCCAGUGUGGCUGCAGCGAGCCAGAGACUCAGUUACAGGAGCAGCAUCUGCAGACUUCUUAGCAACUUCCGGUUUUUGAUGAUUGGCUUUGCCUAUGCAGUCCCCACUGGAGUGAUAGCGGGCUGGUUUGGAGUCCUUGACAUGGUUCUUACCCCAGCUAACAUCAGCCAGGUGAAUGCUGGCUGGGUGGGUUUCUGGUCCACAGUUGGUGGAUGUGUGUUUGGUGUGGCCAUGGCCAGAUUUGCAGACUCCAUCCGUGGGAUGCUGAAGAUGAUCCUGGUGCUGAUGUUAGCUGGAGCCUCGCUCUCCUCCACCUGGUUCACUCUCACCUGUUUGAGCAGUUUUACCCACCUCCCAUCUACCACAGCCAUCCUCUACACCUCCUGCAUCCUGGUCGGAAUUUUUAUCAACAGCAGUGUGCCGAUAUUCUUCGAGCUCUUUAUUGAGACAGUGUACCCGGUCCCUGAAGGCAUCACCUGUGGGGUUGUCACCUUCCUAGGAAACCUGGCUGCUGGCCUGCUUCUCUUUUCCCUGACGUUUUACUGCACAGACAUGUCGUGGCUCAACUGGUGUUUGACCGGCUCCUGUGUUUUCAGCCUUGUCCUCGUUCUCUUCUUCAAGGAGUCCUACGACCGUCUCUACCUGGAUGUGUUUGUCUCUGUGUGACUAAGAGUGAAGUCUACUCUUUAGAAAGCCUGGCCUUGCACAAAAAGGAGGAAAAAAGGGAGAUGAGGGGCAAGUGGGAAGCUCUUUGUGAGGUGUAAUAUUUUAUGACGUAAAUGUGUACAUACUGGUAACCAUAGUGAUGAUAAUUUAUAGUUGAGCCACAGAGAAGGACUGGGAACAGUUCUUCAUGCUUGUUUACUCUUCAUAUGUGGUCAUACUAAGGCUCUAUGGUGGUUUAUUUUUAUUUUAUGAUUCGUUUGCGUGUAAACAAACAUUUGUGCACAAUUCAUUAUUGUCAAACAAGCCCGGCUGGACAGACUGUCUCUGUUUACAGAUGAUGCAAUGUUUAAAGUCGCUCUAGAAGCUGCUUGCUUCCACUUGCCUCGUGUCUCAGGAGAGUGGACACAGACUCUGAGCUCACAGACGGGAUGUCACGGCGACUCUGGAUCAACAUCAAGUGUCUGCCCCUAAUAAGGAGGUAAACGGUGAUAAUGGGACGGUUUCUGCAGAGAGGACGGGCCUCGUCGGGUUUUAGUGCUGCUGCAGACGGCUGGUUGUGACUGACCUGACACCGUUAAAGCACCACGUGUCGCAGAGAGGCAGAUACUUGGAUUAUGUUUUAUCGCCCUCUCAAAAGGAAAAUUAUGCAAAGAUUUCCCACCAGAUUGAUGACUGGGUACCAGCCAAAGACGUGGACUGUGACCGCACGCACCUUCGCUUUUCACUCGCAAGACUUUUCUUCAGUUUUCCAGCUCAUUUGUAACCAAUUAUCUCCAUUUCUGGGAGAUUUACUCCUUAAUCUGGUGUUAAUUUGUUUUGUACAGUCUUAAAACAGCCUGCCAGUAUCUGUAUAAUAAUGCCUCAACACUAAUUGUUAGCAGCCAAAUCCGGAUGUUUUGUGACCGUUUUAACCACAGCUGAUGUCCACUGGGAUGAACAAGAUACUGUCUGCUAGCAUAGGAUUACACCCCUUACCCCCAACACCAGCAGGGUUCCUACCGUCUACAGACUGGGCAGCUGGUUUGAUGUAAAAGUCAUUAUUUACCAUCACACCUGUUCUGUUUGGGAGAAUAGUUUAUGUCCCGUGGGACUGAUGAGCUAAAGGCUAGUUUGAGCACAUCCAAGAUUUGAGAGAUUCUAAUCUCACAGAUUUGACAACUUCAAACAUAAAAGCUCUUUCUCCAAGCUGAGGCUCUUUAGAAAGCUCGUUACAGUCUGUACUAUAUGACUUUUACGAAUGAACACCUGAAUGAGUGAAAUAAACAUGAAGUUGUAGUUUACUUGGAUUAUCUGGCUGGUGAAGCUGCAGCUGGAACAAAAUACUGUUUAAAUGUGUCAAAAACAAUUUCACUGUAAAUGCAAACUCAUUCUUUUACCGUUUUUCUCGUUUUUGUAUGUUUUUGUUUUGCACAAAGGCAACGAGAAGUAUUUUUCUGUUUUUCCUGCAGAUAAAAGAAGCUGUGUAACUUGUUCCAGGUGCUCGUUUUCUGUUUUAUUUUCUCGUAUAGUAAAGUUAGUCUUAUUUUUUUGAACGUGUUGCCUUAAUGACCCAGUGCAGUGCAUUGAGCCCCCUCUUCUCCACACUGUGAAUAUUUUAUGUGCAGACUUUGUAAGAGGCCAUACUUCCUGUUCUGUGUCCUCUGAGGAACAAACCGUGCUGUCACUGAUUUCCAGCACCUUAUUAAAGUUACAGUUUUACAAAUUAAAA